AUGUGUAGGAAAAUUGCUAGUUUCUGUACAUGGCAUAAUGAGGGUAGGGUAGAUGAUGGCAUGAUGAGGCACCCCGCUGAUUCUAAAGCAUGGAAACAUUUUAAUGAUACCCAUCCCUCUUUUGCUUCUGAGCCUUGCAAUGUACGGUUGUGCCUUGCUGGUGAUGGUUUCCAACCAUUUACUAACAUGAAAACCUCAUAUAGCAUUUGGCCUAUAUUCCUUGUUCCUCUCAAUUUGCCACCUUGGUUGUGCACAAAGCAGCAAAAUAUAAUGCUUUCCAUGCUGAUUUCUGGACCAGAAGGUCCUGGGGAUGCAAUUGAUAUUUACCUGCAACCAUUAAUUGAAGAGCUGAUUGAUCUCUGGGAUAAUGGCAUUGACACCUACGACGCAUCAACCAAGAAAAAUUUCACACUCCGAGCAGCUCUUCUUUGGAUCAUCCAUGACUUCCCAGCAUAUGGGAAUCUAUCGGGACAUAGCACUAAUGGACGGCUGGCUUGUCCCGUUUGCCACAAAGAAACAUGGUCAUUAUGGUUAUCAAAGGGUAAAAAGUUUUGCUACAUGGGCCAUUGGCUAUUCCUUCCAAAUGAUCAUAAAUGGAGAAAGAAUAAAACUUCUUUUGAUGGUACCAGAGAGCAUCGUGGCCCACCAAAGCCACUAACAGGAGAUGAGGUGCUACAACAGGUAAAUGAUCUAGAGGAGGUAGUCUUGUCUAAGGAUCCGAGUAAGAAGACCAAGAUAUCACACUGUGAAAGAGGAGAUAACUGGUUAAAGAAAAGCAUAUUUUUUUGAUUACCUUAUUUCAGCACACUUUUGCUGCGUCACAAUCUGGAUGUGAUGAAUAUAGAAAAGAAUAUAUGUGAGUGUAUUAUUGGAACAAUUCUAAACACAAUAGGAAAGACAAAGGAUAAUAUUAAUAGUCGCCUUGAUUUGCAAGAAAUGAACCUAAAGCCACAUGUGCAUCCAAUUGAAGAUGAUGGCAAGACAGAUUAUCCACCAGCACCUUACGAUCUCACUACUGAACAAAAGAACAAACUAUUGCAGUUCUUUAGAGAUUUGAAAGUUCUAGAUAGUUUUUCUUCUAAUAUCAGCCAUUCUGUUAAUUUGAAGGAGCGAAAGCUUUCUGGACUGAAAAGCCAUGAUUGCCAUGUCAUCUUGAAUCAUAUACUUCCUUUUGCAUUAAGAGGACUUGUACCAACAAACAUUUAUGCACCUCUGGUAGAGCUGUCCCAAUUGUUUUGCACAUUGAACUCCAAAGCAUUAUCAACUCAGCAACUGCAGCAACUUGAGAGUACAAUACCAAGCACAUUAUGUAAACUUGAAAUGGAAUUCCCACCCUCUUUUUUUGAUCCCAUGAUGCAUUUACCUGUACACUUGGCUAGCGAGGCCCUGAUUGGUGGACCCACAAUAUAUCGUUGGAUGUAUCAGUUUGAGAGGCAAAUACAAUUUUUAAAGUCCCUAGUUCGUAACAUGGCUCACCCAGAGGCUUCCAUAGCAGAGGGCUAUCUUGCAUAUGAGUUUAUAACAUUGUGCUCGAGGUACUUGGGUGAUAUGGAGACAAUGCACAAUCGACCUGGAAGAAUCAAUGAUACAUCAGACCAUAAAAAAUUCUAUUUACCAGAAUUCUCCUCUUCUGGACGACCACUUGGUGCUUGUAAAACUAGAGACCUUGAUAUGGUUGAGUUACAACAGGCCCAUAUUUAUGUUCUCCGAAAUUGUGAUGAGGUCCAACAAUUUAUAAGUUAUUUGUUGCUUAGGCCAUACUAUUCCUACAUAUUAUUUUCAUUUCACAUGAUGAUUUAAGUUUUUUUGGUACUAUAGUGAGUACACUAGCAGUCCUGAGGGCUCCCAAUUAUAGGAAUUUACACCACUCUGGAACCAAUAUUUUAUUGUUUGGUUCAAAGAGAAGGUAUAACACAAUGUUAGUUUUGUACACAUACAUGUUUAAUUAAUAGGUAUGUUUCUGGAGGUUGCAUGAUAUGUUUUCAAUCUGCAGGUACAUCAUUUACAUGAAAAUGAUAAAAGUGAAUGAAUGGAAGACCUUUUGUCAUUGUCACGAGGCCCUCUAAAAAACACAUGUUUUUUAGGCUAUGAUACGCAUGGUUUUAGGUUUCGCAUCGAAAGUCGUGAUAGGAACCGGUGUACACAGAAUAGUGGCGUGACUGUUAUUUCUGAAGGAAGCAUGGAUGGGGACCAAGUAGAAUAUUAUGGUGUUUUGACAGAGAUACUUGAGCUCCAAUUUUUAGGUGGAAGGCGAGUGCCAUUAUUUCGUUACAAGUGGGUUGACAUAUUUAAUAACUCUCGCGGGAUAAAGACAGAUGUUUAUGGACUUGUUAACAUAAACUUCAAGUGUUUACUUAAGACAGAUGAGCCAUUUGUCUUAGCUAGACAAGCCUCUCUAGUAUUUUUUGUUAAGGACAAUCUAAUCAAAGGAUGGCACUUGGUCGUCAAAAUGCAACCACGUGACACUUAUGAUGUACCACCUGAAGAUUCAGAUGAUGAAGCAAUUGAACCAGAUGAUGAUGGUUAUGAAGAAGAACACAUUGAAGACCCUUCAAACAUAUCAUCAUGUGGAAAGAGGAAACCAUGAUGGUCCUAUUUUUUUCAUGAGUUGGCUAGCUGUUAGUGUUAGCCUUAAUAUAGUUGUUUUAGCUUCCAAGUCUUUCAUUUAACUUGGAGUUUGGCCUAGAGUUCAAUUAGAGGCACGGUUAGCUAGAGCAUGCAGCAGGUUUAAUCCUUUUCUUCUUUUCCCUAAUCUCUUCUCAUGUACUCCCUCCAUUCCAAAUUAUAGGUCAUUUGACUUUUUUGACACCAAGUUUGACUACUCGUCUUAUUCAAAAAAUUUAUGCAAACAUAGUCAAAUUUAAACCAUUCUUCGAGAACUUGUAUUAAUAAAGCAAUCCACAACAAAAGAAGUGAUGUUUUGCACAAAUUUUUGAAUAAGACGAGUGGUCAAAUUUGAGGUUGAAAAAGUCAAACGACCUAUAAUUUGGAACAGAGGGAGUACUGCACAACACUCUUAAGAUAUAUUGCUGUAUUUUCAUUGCCAGGUUCAGUGUUUAUCAUAAUAAUUUUCCCUUCAUACACCACUUUUAAGUAAUUGAUAUGGCUGCUAUUUGUUCAGGUUCUCACUAUGCAAAGGAGCAGGUAUGGAAAUCUCACAGCUGCAGCAUUGGCUAGGUCACAAUACAUAAGUCCUGGACUGCUUCGUCAGCAACAUGCGAAGCGAACCUAUCCAAAUAUCAGUAGCGGUGCACCAAUCCAUAACAGCAGUAAUGCAGACACCAAUGGUGCUCAUACUUCAAUCAAGAAAGCUACUAGUUUCAAGAACCAUUUCCAAGUACCUGAGGAAGAUCCAGAACAUAGAUAUGAAUCAGAUGCUCUGUGUGAUAGGACAAUGAAUACACGGAAGUCCAAAGGUGCAUAUUUUGCAUAUGCUAGUUUUGAACCAGAAGAUGAAGACACGGGAUGGUCAGAAUGGAACAAGAGAGUGAAGGAGUUCUUAUGUGCGACUCCAACCAUGAAAACAUUAGAAAAUCCAUUUUGAAUUAAAACUUUUUAUUAUUUGCAGUUAAUGCUUCUGCCUUGCAGCUAAGAACAAAGAUCUAGUUCAUCAAGAUAGGAUGCACGCUGGAUGGAGCAGAGAUGAUGGAAGGUCUGUCGAUCAAGACCGAUUGUCUAAUAGUGAUAACAUGGAGACUGAAGAAGCACAAGAGGAUCAGCAUCUUGCAGAUACAUUAAAUGGUGACAAAAAAGUUGAAAAGAAACAAGGUCGUGGAAAAAACAAAUGUAAGAAGGUUGCUAAACUAAAGGCAGGCGAGAAAAUUAAAGUGAAGUUCUAUAACAAGAGAGCUUUAUCUAAAACAUUCUCACGACAGUUGGGUAGAAUUGUGCGUGAUCUUAACAUUACUCCAAUAAGGGUCAAGAAAUGGACAGAUAUAAGUCCAGUAGCUCAGAAGCACAUUUUUGAUGCAAUUAAGGACAAGUUCAAAAAUGCAGACCAAAAUAUUGAACUUGAUGUCUACGAAAAUGAGAUCAUGGUGCAUGCUAGAGAUCUAUGGAACAAUUGGCGUGGAGACUUAAAUCGGCAUUUUGUUAAGCCAGCAAGGAAUUUGCAACAAGCUAUUAAGAAUUAUCCUCAAGAGAUUCCAAAAGCAGAUUGGGAGUGGCUUGUCAAAGAACAUUUCUACAGCAAGGAGUUCAUAGCAAAAAGCAAGAGAAACUCCACAAAUAGAUAUAGCUUAAAAAAUCAUCAUCGCAGUGGCAGCAAACCUUAUAGACAGAUCAUAUGGGACAAUGGUGGCAACGAAAACAACCCUCCAAGUUUGGACACAUUAUUUUCUAUCACUCACACAAAGGGUGGAACUUUUGUGGAUUCUGAAACCUCCAGCAAGCAUGCACAGAUUCAGAAGGAAAAGUUGUUGAACCCUUCUCUUUCUAAUGUAGAACUUGUGGACAAGUGCUUCCCAUCCACAAGGCAUGACCAUGUUGGUGUUUGUGGUGGAAUAAAAGCAAGAGACUUGAGAAGUCCAGCUAUUAGCAAGGCUGAACUGAUAGAAAAACUAGCACAGUCUGAGCAAGAAAGACAAGCACUACAGGAUGAUAAUGAAGUCCUUCAUGAAGAAAAUCGAAAAGUUAACAAUCGUAUGAGCCGAAUGGAAGAAGAAUGGGCACAAAUGAAGAAGUAUAUGAGUGCUAACUAUAGCCAGCAUGAUUCACCAGGAUCAGCUGGAACAAGAUAUCCGGAUGAAGAUUAUUAAAACAAGACAAGUGAAUGGUUCAUGAGCAGAUCUACAUUGCAUGCAUAUGCCAGUUUUUACAGCUAGUUUGAUCUUCUUUACAGGAUUGGCCUUAGCCUUUGUUAGUUUCAUGUCCUGGAUAUUUGUUGCAAAAAACACAAAGUACUAUGAUGUUGGAUUAUUUUUGUUGCAAAUAUAUUUUUUAAAACAAGCA